AAAAAAAGUUUCCUACAAGUCUCGUCUUAUUUUUAUUGGACGUAAUAUAAUUUGGAAAGAAUGGUUCCACGAUUAUUAUUUGACAUUAUAUAAAGUUUAUAAAGCAAUAUCGAAAUUUUUUGUCAAAACACUCGAAUAUGCUUAAAUAUAAUUAAUUAUUUAUAUAUCAUCUCAUUUAGUAAUCGUAAAAAAUGGUUGUGGGUGCAUUUCCUGCGGCAAAAUUAGCGUCGUUAUUUAUAAAACAAAUAAGUAAACCGAUAGCGACUCUAGCUAAAGAACGGGCAAAGUCGCAUCCAUUUUUUCGCACAUAUAUUUGUAUGCCUCCGGCACAAUUUUACAAUUGGUGUGAAAUAAAAACGAAAAUGUGGGUUUUAAAUAUGGGUAGACCUGUGAAUAUUCCUGUAUUAAGUGAAGCGAUGGCUAUUGAGUUAGGAGCAAAUCUUUUAGGUGAAGGAAUUAUUUUUAUAAUUGCUGCUGGUUUGCUUAUAGCUGAAUAUACUAGGCAAGUACGAAAAGAAACUGCCAAAGAACAAGCUCGAUUAGAUGAAUUACAACGGAUUCAAGAUAAUAUAUUGGAAAUACAAAAUAUGGUAAAAACACAAGAAAUGCAAAUUCAGAAUCUUUCGAAUGCAUUGCUAUCAUUAGAUCGUGGUAAAAAACACUUAUUUCAUAAUGUCAUCCCAAAAAAGAAGGAUGAUAGUCCUCCACCAUCGGCAGGAAUAUCUAAAAAAGAUUCACCCAGUAGUAGUAGUCAAAUAUUAUCACCAGUAAGCAAUAUUGACAUAAAUCGACCAUCACAUUCAUCUUCUAUACUCUCAAAUGCGCUAUUGUAUCUAGAAAGUGAUAUAUUUUACAAGACCGAACGACAACGGAAUGUUGGACUAAUUACAAAAGGUUUAGACUAUCUAUAUUAUAAUAGUUUUAUUAUAUCAAGUGUUUCAUAAAAUGGAAUGCUUCUAGAUUUGUUGCUUAAUUUAAUUUGUGUUAAAAAUCGCUUUUAAGGUCUAUUCUAAAAUAUUUACACUGAUAAUUUUUUAUUUCAUAAUAGUAAAUUUUUUCUAUUAACAUUAUUAUUGUCACAAAUAUCUAGAAACAUAAGAAUAAAAAGAAUUCUCAUUUAAUUUGUGCAGUUGUGCUUUAGUACCAUGUGAUGUGGAAGUCGGGGGUUACGAUUAAUAUCGAUUUCUCAACCAAUUAAAAUGCACAACGCUUGAUAUUCGUUAAAAAAAAUUUAUUACUAUGAAAAUAAAGUGUAUUUUAAAAGAUUUCUUUUAAUAACUCAGAUUAAUUUUGGAGUGAUCUUUGUGUGAUUUUACAAUUUUGUUAAUUAAUUUUAUGUACAAAACUUGUUAAAAUCAAUAAAUCGAUUUAUUGUUAGGCAAAACUUUUUAAUAAUCAAUCUUACAAAUUGAAUUUGUUUUGAGAUUUGAAGUAAUGCUCCUAAUUGUAUUUAAGGUAAACGCACAUUUUCAUUAAAUUAACAUUAGAAAAAUCGAAAAAGAAUUACUCUAGCAUCAUACAUUUGCAUAAUUUAUUAUAAUAAUAAAAUCAUAUAGACCUCAUAGCUUACAGAGUCUUGUCCGAACAUCUCUUCACUCUAAAGACAUGUUACAACCUAAAGUUUUGAAAUAAUUCAUAUUUUAGUCAUCUUCUCUGAUGGAAAGAAUAUUUCAAGAAAUAAUAAGUCUUAAAAAUUCUGAAAAAGUCUAAGAAAUUUUGCAAAAGUCUUAGGAACUCAAUAACUCUGAAUUUCUCAACGUUUUUGGAUUGUUUAAUUCAGAGAUAUCCUGACUUAAUUAGUCAUUAGACAGUCCAAAAACGUUUAGAAAUUCAUAGUUAUUCAGUUCCUAAAACUUGUUCAGAGUUUUAUAGAAAAUUAUUCUCUCUUCAAAUAUUUUUUCCACCAGGGUUUAUAUAACGGUAAUAUCCGUGAUAAAUCUACAAGUUAAAAAACCUCCUACAACGGUACAAAGAAAUGUUUUUUUUUUUUUUUGGUUCUCUCUCCAAACUAAACCGAUUUUCUUGAAACAUAGCUAAGAACAAUAUCGAUCAAAUUAUCUUUUAAACAAAAUAAUAUAAAAAAGCCCAUUCAAAUCAGUUCACCAGUUUAAGAGCUACUGCCACAGACAGGCACACACACACACUGUAGAGGUCAAAUUUAUAACACCCCUCUUUUUGCGCUGGGGAUUAAAUAAUAAGCGUGAGUGAUGAUAAAAACAUGCAUUUAUUACGUAACAAAGAUAGUGCAAUCAUGUAACAAUGAUAAGAGUAAUUCUUAGUGAUUAGGAGGUGUAGUAUGGAUUAAAAUUAAAACGUUAUUAUUAUACCAAACUGGCUUUUUGUACGAUUGAAAAUUAUCAAGUUUUUGUCAGGGAUAUGAUGAUGUAAAAAAUAAAUUAUACUUAAAAGUAA